CUCUAGUGGCUACGAUAGCGUCAAAUUUCCUCUCGUACAAUAUCCUCAAAAACCCUAAAGCUUAAGCCCCCAAUUCCCAAAACCCUAACCCUCUCUCUCUCUCUCUAGAAUUUGUUUUGGGUAUGGAGAUGGAGAGCUUCUGCUCCAAUGGGUUUGUUCUGAAUGAGUUGCUCUGCUCUGUUGGGCAGGUUCUGGUGGCUGAGGCUGCCAAGUCUAUUGCUUUCUCUUUCUUGCUGAUGGGAUCUCUACCUAACAGCGCCUCUGUUUUGCCCAAAGAACCUUACACAGUCACAGGGUUCCCUAUCACUGAUCUUUAUGCUGUGACGAAACCUGGUUCUGAGAACAAAGAUGCAAGUGAAACUGAGGACGAUGAAGACGGUGAUGAGGAGGGUGGUGAGGACCAGGAUGAUGAAGCAGGAGAUGAGGAGGACGCCUCCGGGGACGAAGUUGAGGGCAAAGGAGAUCCAGAAGAUGUGCCUGCGGCCAAUGGUGAUGGUGCCAGCGAAGAGGAAGACGAUGAUGAUGAGGAGGAGAAGGAAGACGACGACGAUGACGAUGACGACGGUGACGACGAUGGGGAUGAAGAGACGGAAGAUGAUGAAGAGGAUGAGGAAGAUGAGGAGGACGAGGAUGACAUACCCCAGCCACCUGCCAAGAGGAGAAAAUGAAAUGUUCUGUACUAUCUGUUUUAUUUUUCAGCUGUUUUUCCUUGUUGGGAAUUUCAGGUAGUAGGAGUGAGUAUUUAGGUGGUCUGUCCACAUAUGGUAGAAAUAUUCAGAGUACUUGUGAACAAGCUGUCAAUUUUCCUAAAUCUACACCUUUUAAUAAUUAUUUUUCCGUCA